UGAGCAUUGAGUGGAGGAAAAUUGUAACGGUGGUGGUUUUCUCAUCAGACGUCCACACUGACUGACAUGAAGAUAGAUGAGGGAUGGAUCACCUCAACUCCACCCACUGCCCAACCAACCAAUCUUCAACCAACCAAUCAGACUUCAGCAGCCUCUUCACCAAGCAGGUCCUCCCAUCGCUCUACUUUGUGAUCUGCAUCGUGGGUGUUUCCCUCAAUGGUGUGGCCGCCUGGAUCUUCUUCAGAGUGCCCAGUGACUCGGGGCUGGUGGUCUACCUGAAGAACAUGGUGGUGGCUGACCUCCUCAUGUUGUUCUCCUUCCCCUUCAAGGUGGCGGCUCAGCUGGGUCUGGGCGGCUGGCGCCUGCAAGUUAUCAUCUGUCGCUACACUGCCGUGCUCUUCUACUCCUCCAUGUAUGUUGGGAUCCUCUUCAUGGGGCUCAUCAGCCUGGAGCGGUACGUGAAGGUCGUCCGACACACACCAUCCUCCUCCUGCUCCUGCAUUUCCAGGCUGGGUGGCGUGUCCUUGCAACACCUCCUGCAGAAUGCCCGCUUCGCCCGGGGGCUGGCGCUACUCACCUGGAGCCUCUUCCUCCUCUGUUUCCUGCCCAACGCCGUGCUGACCAGCCGCCCAGCCAGUGAGAUGAACUGGUUGGACUGCAAGCAGCUGAAGACACCGCUGGGGUUGCAGUGGCACAAGGGUUCCAUCAUCUUCAGCAUGGUCGUUUUCUGGGUGACGCUGCUGGUUCUUGUCUUCUGCUACGCCUCCAUCGCCCACCAGAUCUACCAGUCAUACCGCCGUGUGCAACGCGACAGCAGCAACAUCUGUCGCAAGUCUCGCUGCAGCAUCUUCAGCAUCCUGGUGGUGUUCUUCAUCUGCUUUGUGCCGUACCAUGUCUGCCGUGUGCCGUUCACUGUCAUGAAAGAGUCACACCUCAGCCAGACCAGUCGCUACCUGCUGUUCCAGCUGAAGGAGGGGACGCUCUUCCUGUCAGCGCUCAACGUCUGCCUCGACCCCAUCAUCUACUUCCUGAUGUGCGGAACCUUCAGAGAGUCACUGCUGAGGAAACUGUCCAGAAAACAGAGGAGGAGAAGAAUCCAGACCACCGCUGUGACUCUCAGCAAAACUUAGGAGAUGAGAGCGCACUGCAUUCAUCAAAGAAAAAAUAAACUGACCUAAUUAUGACUUUCAUAUCUCACAUUUAUGACUUAGUAUCUCAUACUUAUGAGAUCAGGUGUUACAGAAUAUUCAGUGACUCAUCAGAUUCUGUGACCUUAUUAGGAAUUUCAGCUAUUUUGCUCCUGCAAACAGAUUUAUUUUACUUAAUUUGCUGCUUUAUUUAUUACACACAUGUUGAUAGGUGUGUUUGUUCAAAAUUUAAUGUUGACCAGAUGAGGUGUACAAAGUUUCUGCCAUUACAUCAACAUUUUUGUAUUUAAUAUCUGAAUGUCUAUGGUCACAAUUUACACCUACUUGUCAAAAUAACAAAAUAAUACAGCAUAUUUUACUCAUAAUUAUGAUGAGAAAAAUAGUAAAUUAUGACUUAUGUGAUUAAGAGUCAUAAUCACAAAUAAGGCCUCCAUAUUUUUCUUUAGUGAAUGCGAUGCUCUUCCACAGAGAGAGAGAGAGAGGUCAGUCUUCUUCACAGUUGAUUCUGCAGCAUCGUGUGUGAAGGUCAGGAUGUGUUUAGUUUAGAGAUAAAUGUCUUAAGUGCUUUUGACAAUUCUUCCGUUAUUUUAGUGUCAUGAUGUGAUAUUUUCUAGACUGAAAUAAAUGUAUAUAACUUCAGAAAUAUGUUUGUACAGUAGUAAAUAAAGAGUAAA